AUGUGUUUGUGACGGGUUGUUUGCGAAUUUGUGGUGUGCACGUUUAUUUCAGUUUAUUUCCUAUUUCUACAAGUAAUUAAGAAUACCCUUGUUUAUAGUAGUCUUCACGAUUUCACGUAAAAAUGGGCAAGAAAAAUAAAGAUUCCCUUGGCCGAGCGCUUAUCAAAGACCGGUUUUCCAAGAAUCGACAUCGAAAACAUGUGGAAGACAACACAAUGCUUCAUACUACAGAAGUAAAUGACGGCUAUGACUGGGGUCGCCUCAACCUUCAAUCUGUCACUGCAGAGUCUUCCCUCCAAGAGUUCCUGUCAACCGCAGAACUCGCACAAAGAGAGUUUACCGCUGAGAAGAUGAACUUGAAAUACGUCAAAUCUGUGCCCAGUGCGGUGGAACCAGUGACUUCUCAGCCUAAUUUUGACGAACCACUAACUGUACCAAGGAGACCACCAUGGACUCCAGGAAUAUCAGCUGAGCAACAGAUAGAACGUGAGAGAGAAUCGUUCCUUGACUGGCGUCGCCACCUAAAUGAUUUACAAGCUAAGCUGGGCGCAGCAUUGACUCCAUAUGAACGGAAUAUUGAAUUCUGGAAACAAUUGUGGAGGACUUUAGAGAAAGCAGACAUUGUUUUGAUCCUUUUAGAUGCUAGGAAUCCAUUACUGUUCAGGUGUAAAGAUUUAGAGCAAUAUGCUAUAGAGCAAAAGUGCAAAUUCAUCUUAUUAUUGAACAAGGCUGAUUUGACAGCUGAAUACGAACGGAAGUGUUGGGCUGAAUAUUUCAAUAAAGAAAACAUCACUAUUGCAUUCUUCUCUGCAGCUAAGCACACAAAUGAACGUAAAAUAUCCGAAGCCAGUGAUAGUUCUUCCAAAAAAAGUCAAACAUAUGAAAUAGAUGGCUCAGACACAGAGUCAGCUGACUCUAUAAAUGGUAUAACCCAGAGUGAUUUAGAAGAAGAAGCUCUAAACAGCACAGAAGAAGACAUAAAGUUGUUUAAAAGACAACUCGGAGAACUGGACACAGCAGUCUCAAAUACAUCAGACAGAUUAGACAAAAUACAAGAGGUGUUGGACAAAGUCGUUGAAAACUUACGAUUAGGCAAACCAAUUGACUCCUACCCUAGUAAUAAAGAACCUAAAAUUGUUGAUGAAACCCCUGACUCUUCAAAAGAAAGAGAAACAGUGAAAAAUUCAUAUGAAAUUUUUGACAGAGAUAUGCUGUUAGAAAUGUUGAAGAACCAGAAUGUGGGAGCUCUUAAGAAUCCGCCUAGACUGUCAGUGGGGAUGAUUGGAUACCCCAAUGUGGGGAAAUCUAGUACUGUCAAUGUUUUGAUGAAGACGAAGAAGGUGAGCGUCAGUGCCAUGCCGGGACACACCAGACACAUCCAGUCUUUGAUCCUGGAUGAAGACAUCGAGUUGCUGGACUGUCCUGGCCUCGUGUUGCCCGCGUAUGCCGUCGCUCCCGACCUGAUGCUGACUGCCGUGCUUUCUAUAGAUCAGAUGCGGUCCCAUGACGCGGCUAUGGCCCGUCUCUGCCAGUUAGUGAGCAGACACACCUUCGAGCAGAAGUAUGGACUACUGUUACCUCAAGCCACUGACACUCUGGACUACAAACAAAUACUUACUGCGCAUGCUUACAACCGAGGCUUCAUGACCGCCGCGGGCCAGCCGGACCAAUCGCGGUCCGCUCGUCUACUUCUCAAGGACGCCGCCAAUGGACGCCUCCGCUGGGCCGAGCUACCGCCGGGAUGCGAACCCGAACCCUUAGACCAGAUGAUUGAGGACAAGCGGUCUGAGAAGAGGAAGCCUACGCCUAGAGAAGCUAGGAUGGUUGAGGGCUGGCUGAACAAAUCGGCUGAGAUCGACAAUACAUUCUUCGCCAUGCAGAAAAGUUCCGCACAUGUCAAGGGAAAACCUAUCUUAGGCGUUGUCGGAGCGCAGCCGGCUGGAGCGCAAAUGAGCAAACCCUGGAAACACGAGAAAAAACACGCAAACAAGAACAAAAGGGAAAAACUUAGGAGAGUCUACCAUCAUUUGGACGAACAUUAAAUUAACAUGUGCAAUAUUAAGUGAACUUUAUUAUACGUAAUAUAAGGUUCUGUUUUAUUUGUAAAGUUGGAUCUUGAUCCCAUAGGGAAAAAUUGAGCUAUGUAACAGCAUUUUACAAAGAAGUUUACUAAUAUUAUAGGACCCUAUAUUUGUACCAGUGAAUUUGAAUCGCCUACGUAUUUUUGUGUAUUGUAAUUUUUGGAUGGUAUUACAGUAUGUGAUAUAAAACUAAACGUGUGUAUAUCUUUGUUAGCGCAUUUAUUCUAUUGUGAGUCUGUGAGAUAGAAUUUAAGGUUUUUAAAGGUGACUUCAAUAAAAGUCUAUGAGAUACA